AUGCCAUUAUAUAAACCGUUGUGCUUUCAUUCAAACAAACAAACAGUCAUCAAUCUUGUCUGUUUAUCUGUUCGAACACGUCGAAUUAUUCUGCUUGAUCAUUCAUUGAAACAUGUUACACCACCCGCCGAAUUGAUCUCAACAACUCAAGCGAAAGUCUUAAUCGAAGUUCAAGGUGGUAAAUAUGAUUUGAACCAUGUCGAAAAUCCACCCCAAGGCGGUCUAACCGAUGCCGAAAAGCAGGCUUAUUUGGAAGAGAAACGAUCACAAAAUUAA